UCGAGUUCUGCCGUAUCCCCCAGGUCGUCCAUACACCUAUACCUGCACAGACUUGAAAGUCCAGUUUCCCAAGCGAGAGAACAAGAGAGAGGAAAAGGGGGGAGUUUGUUGGACCAAAUAUGUCACAGGAUACGGACAACAGCAAGAGGCUGGUGGUGGUGGUACCGAACGAGACCUCAUUCCACUCCCGACGGGCCUACACGAGCGAGGAUGAAGCCUGGAAGUCUUACCUGGAGAACCCCCUGACGGCAGCCACCAAGGCCAUGAUGAGCAUCAACGGAGACGAGGACAGCGCUGCAGCUCUGGGGCUCCUCUACGAUUACUACAAGGUUCCCAAAGAAAAGAGACUUUUGACUUUAAACAAAGUGACUGAAAUUCAAGACGACCAUGAGAAAAGGAGCUGCCUGGGUGGCAAUGAUGGGCAGAAUGACAUGGCUACCGUUGACAACCGAGUCCAGGUGCUGAAGUCCCUCCCGGUGAACCUGUCCCUGAACUCUGAGCACUUGGAGUCUUUUAAGAGGGAGCACUACAGCACACACCCCCAGGAGGCCAGCCCUGCGGCCACUGGCAAGGAGGGGGUCUACACCCCCGUGUUCAUGGGCCCUGGCGUACACUACAGCCGCGGACACAGUGAGGAGCAGUCUCGGGUCAUCUUCGAGCCCAGCCCCUACGAGGUGCCCUCCAUCCACCACUCCAGCUACCUCAAGGACGACCAGCGCAGCACGCCAGACAGCACUUACGACGAGUCCUUCAAAGAAGAGCCAGAGAAAUACCGCACGUCGUCUUCAGGGGCUGAAGAAUUCCUGUAUGACCCACAAAGAGCAGAAACUUUCCAGUACACGUUAGAAGCUACCAAAUCUCUAAAACAGAAGCAAGGGGAGGGGCCGAUGACCUAUUUAAACAAAGGACAGUUCUAUGCCGUGACGCUGAGCGAGAUGGGCGCCAAUAAAUGCCUUCGACAUCCCAUCAGCAAAGUCAGGAGUGUCAUCAUGGUGGUAUUCAGUGAAGAUAAGAACCGCGAUGAACAGCUCAAGUACUGGAAAUACUGGCACUCACGGCAACACACAGCAAAGCAGAGGGUCCUUGAUAUCGCUGAUUACAAAGAAAGUUUUAACACCAUUGGGAAUAUUGAAGAAAUCGCUUACAAUGCUGUCUCUUUCACCUGGGAUGUGAAUGAGGAAGCAAAGAUCUUCAUCACAGUGAACUGCCUGAGCACAGAUUUCUCCUCUCAGAAGGGCGUGAAGGGCCUGCCACUGAUGAUCCAGAUCGAUACCUACAGCUACAACAACCGCAGCAACAGACCCAUCCACAGGGCCUACUCCCAGAUCAAAGUGUUCUGUGACAAGGGAGCAGAGAGGAAAGUCCGAGAUGAAGAAAGGAAACAGAACCACAAGAAGACAAAAGGCCAGAGCGCUUCUUCCCAGUCCAGCUCAAAAGACGCAAACCUGCCCACGUUACCGGUGCAAAAGAAAGGAGAUACCGCCUACUUCAAAACCAUGACGGAUCUCGAUUCUCAGCCUGUUCUCUUUAUACCUGAUGUGCACUUUGGGAAUUUGCAGAGAACAGGACAGGUCUUUGCUUUCAACACAGAAGGGAUGGAGAGGGAAGGCAGUGUAUUAGUGAAAAGAAUGUUCCGGCCUUCUGAAGAGGACUACAGCCCCUCACCGCCCAAACAGAUAAAAGAAGAAGUAAACAAACGAGGCCGGGCUUCUGUCUCUCCAGUGCUUCUCUACGUACGCAAGGAAUCGGAUGAAGUGUUUGACGCUCUACUGCUCAAAUCACCGACUGUGAAGGGGUUAAUGGAUGCGGUGUCAGAAAAGUAUGGAGUUCCCAUUGAAAAGAUGAUAAAAAUGUACAAGAAAAGCAAAAAAGGUAUUUUGGUCAACAUGGAUGACAACAUCAUUGAGCACUACUCCAAUGAAGACACUUUUGUAAUGCAUAUUGAGAACAUUGACGAUGCCUACAAGAUCACGUUGACAGAAAUAUAAUGAGCCUCCAGGUUUGCUGCCUGAAAACCCGAAGCUAUCAGAUUCUCAGAUACGAGGGAGGGCGGUGCCUGCAAAGUAGGCGACUGGGAAAGACCUGUUAUUGAAGUACUGAGACUGAGUCAGUUUCAGUCAAGUGGACAGUUUUUGUAAAUAAACUUUGCGUGACCAGUGUGUUGUUUCUGCCAUAUCUAUCGAAUCCAUAUUGUGUGAAAAGAAGGAAUGAUAUUGUAUAACAUAGACAGUGGUUCUGGUUUUAGUAAGUGGAUAAACACUGUUCCAAUCUUCCUAGUAAGUGGUUGCUUAUUUCAGUUCUGACUGUCAUUGGUACAAAUUCUAGUUUACUGCUCUUGCCAGUGCAGACUUUUUUUUUUGUUCCACUGGACAGUAGUUCCAUAAAACCCUGUGGACUAAAGUAAGUUUGGCUCCUGUUACACAGUCACCAUUCUUCUGUUUAGCCCAGCGGUAGCGGGACAUUACUGAGAGCCACAUUCGGCCCCCUGCUCUUUCCAAAAAGUGACGUAGUUAAAAUGGGCUUUGUUUAACCUUUUAAACAAAGCCCAUUUUUAACCCAGGUGUAAUUUAGCACGAUCUUUAAGAUUUUUAAGAUUUUUAGAGUUUGGUCAGGGACUACUAAUGUGGUGUCAUCAAGCCUGCGGUUGGAGGAAAAGUGGGUUGUUGUCUUUUGUAUAUAAUUAGCUUCCUGUCUCCAUCCUUCUAUAUAUGCACUUAAAAUAGAAACUGGAUUGUGGGGGAGAUUUAGUAACCUCUUUCCAAUAUGAGUUUUAUCUUUCCCUGCCCUUUAUGGCAGCAAAAAAAGCCAUAUUUUGAUUUCAUGUAAGUGUAAGUGGGUCUGCUCUUGACCCCAUCACAAUAAGCAAGCGUUUCAACGCCAUUUUCUCUAAAUUGUCAUUAGCGCGAUUUCUUUCUGAUAGUAGAAAUGCACCUAAUAACAUUACCAACCCACAAAUACAUAAGACAUUUUGUUUAAGAGCUUGUUAUGAGUCUACAAUUGUUUAUUAUUUGGUUAAGAAAUGCAAAUUAUGUAAGGAUACGCGUGGUGUAUGUAAAGAAUGGUGUUCACCUGGCGUUCUGCAUCCGCUAUCAAAUUUGCACUUUGCCAUCAAUAGUCCAUUAAAUUAUAUUGAAAUGUAUUCAAAUGAAGAAAAGAGCAUGGAAUUGGGUGGGAUCUGGAUAGUAAGUGGGCGCAAACGUCAUAAUGUGAUGUAAGGAUUUUGCCUUGCACUUGGGCAAUUGCUGACCCUCCAGAGAUUGUACACCUCUUCUUACAAGGUGCAAACCAUUGUAGAAGCGAGUAACUAAGAGCUGUAUAAAAGCACACACCUGCAGAGACCUGUCAUUGGCUUCAGGAUGGCUGUUGUUGAGGAGAGGCAGGAACACGUUCAAAGGCGAAAGGCAAGACGAAGAAGACCCUGCAUAUUCGAUCCCAGGGUCACUUUGUUUGGGAUGCUGGAGGAUGCAGUGCUAAAGCGUUAUCGUCUCACUCCGCAGGUCAUCCUAGACCUAAUUGAAUUGAGGGAUGAGCUAGACCUCAGCGUCAAUCUAGGGAGCGCUAUCCCUGCACAUGUGAAAGUGCUGUGUUCUCUGCACUACUUAGCUUCUGAUUCCUUUCAGACCACAGUUGGAAUGCCUGGAGGGAUAGCCCAAUCCACCUUUUCCAGAGUGCUAGGCUAAUUUCUGGAUGUCAUGCUAAAAAGGGCAGGCUAAUACAUAUAAUUUCAUAAGGAUACUAGCAUAACUGAUAUUGGCUGAGGCUUUUCCAAACAGCUCUGUUUCAUGCUGAAAGGGUUGUCAGCUCAUACUCAGAAAACUUUUAUUUUCCAUGCGCCAAGAUGACUUUGCUGCCCUUCCUCUUUUUUGGUUUGUAUUUUCGUGCUCCACAAAUGUCAUACAGCGCCUACUGCUCUUUGUACUCCAAACUUCACCUCUGGGCUGCAAUAUAGCUAAAUAGACCGAUGCGCUCAUUGAGACCCUCAGUAUCAUAAUUGCGGAUCAUUAUUUGUGCGUGUUGAGUAAUUUGCAUUGCUUUUAAGCUUUCACAGGGCGCAGUACAAAAUAAUUACCUGGCCACAAUGCAAUUUGAAUUGGGCAUCCGCAAUUAUUUGCACUGCGCCUAUAAUUACAUCUACCCCAAAAUGCGCUACUGUCGAUUGGGAGUAAAUAGCUUUUGAGAAUUUAGCCCGUGGUUUUCUUUUAGUUCCUGUAAGACUGUUUGUUUGGAGUCUUGUUAAAUACCUCUUAAGAGUUCUCAGUGUAGCAGGAUGAGGACUAAUAAAGCUUUAUCAGAAUGUAUUUCUUAUGUAACUAUAGUUAUUUUGUUAUAAAAAUUGUUAAUAAUGUGCAAUAAUAUAUUUGACAUAUUUGGCAUAUUUACUGCCAUUAUACGUUCCCUGGGAUGAGGUUUUUUCUUAAACCGUUAUUUUUAUGUCGUGUCUUCAACAUAUAAAAUACCUAUGUAACUUUAUUUGUUA